CAAGAAUCUGGACUGCCUGAGUACAUAAAGAUUGUAGAAGUUGGGCCAAGGGAUGGAUUACAAAAUGAAAAGGUGAUAAUCCCAACUGAUAUAAAAAUUGAGUUAAUCAACCGGCUUUCCAAAACAGGCCUGCCUGCAAUAGAAGUGACCAGUUUUGUUUCAUCCAAACGGGUGCCUCAGAUGGCAGAUCACAAAGAAGUAAUGAGGGGCAUUGAGCGGCAUCCUGGAGUCCAGUAUCCUGUUCUCACACCUAAUCUUCAAGGUUUUCAUUCUGCUAUCGCAGCAGGAGCUACAGAAGUCUCAGUAUUUGGUGCAGCAUCUGAAUCUUUUAGCAAAAUGAAUAUUAAUUGUUCAAUUGAAGAAAGCAUAGGAAAAUUUGAAGAAGUUGCUAAAUCUGCAAGGAAUAUGAAUAUUCCAGUGCGUGGGUAUGUGUCAUGUGCAUUGGGAUGCCCAUACGAAGGAAAAAUCACACCAGCUAAAGUUGCAGAAGUAUCGAAGCGGCUGUACAGUAUGGGCUGUUAUGAAAUCUCUCUGGGGGACACAAUUGGUGUGGGGACUCCUGGAAGUAUGAAAAGAAUGUUGGAAGCUGUUAUGAAAGAAAUUCCUCUGAGUGCUCUUGCUGUUCACUGUCAUGACACAUAUGGCCAGGCAUUAGCCAAUAUCCUCACAGCCAUACAGAUGGGAGUUGCUGUAGUGGAUUCAUCGGUUGCAGGACUGGGUGGUUGUCCCUAUGCAAGAGGUGCUACUGGAAAUGUAGCCACGGAGGAUGUGAUAUACAUGCUUAAUGGUCUGGGUAUCAAUACAGGAGUGAAUCUUUAUACAGUGAUGGAAGCUGGAAACUUCAUCUGUACAGCUUUGAACAAGAAAACAAACUCAAAGGUUGCACAAGCUUCCUUCAAUACUGGAACUAUCAGUUAAAUGGAAUUUUUUUGCAGCUUAAUUACAUUUGUCAUCUGCCUUGACCAAGGACAUUUAUAUCAAGAAAACAAAUACAAGAAAACCAUUUCAGCAAAGAACCAAAAUAGAAUGCAUAUAUAACUUUUUGUUAUGGGAAGAGUUAUUGUACUGUACUGUCUUGUAAAGAAUUGUCUGAUUUGUAAGUAAGAAAUAAAUGACUAGUACAGAACCCUGUGCUUAAUGCUUCUACAGAUGAGAAAAAUGUAUAAACACUAGGACAUUUUAGCAUGUUUUGAAUUGAAUUUUAGGUUUUUUCAGGAAAACUGGAUAGAAGCAGCGAAUACAUGGUUAAUUUUUAGUCAAGAUGACUUUUAGAACAGUACAAAUAUUUGCAGUAGUUUAGGAGAUCCCACACUGUGUGUGGCCAUUCUAUUAUGUGUUUUAUUUAUCUGAGUCUUUACUUUUCAUUUGUCAAGUCAGUUGUGUUAUGAACAUGGAGCCAAAUCUGAAUUCACCAUAAGAAUUUUUUAGCAAUAGCACUUUUUAAUUUCUGUUGUGUUUAACAUCUGUUAAGUUAUGGAUGACUUUAUCUUGUUCCAAAACCUUGUGGUGAAUGGCAGUCUGCCAG